GCGGCCGCAGGACGGGCACGGGCGCGGCGCGGCUCCGGAUCCCCCCCGACAAACGCGCACCGUCCGGCCGGGGGGCGCGGCGUGACGUCAGCACGGUGACGUAACACCAGCCCCCCCGCUUCCCCGGCUCGGGGGGGCGGCGGCGGCGGCGAAACCCCCCCAAAACCCCCAACCCCCCCCGACCCCGCCCCAACAUGGCGGCGACAACGGGGGGCGGGGCCUCGCCGGGCGGCGGGGGCGGGGCCGCGCUGGAGGAGGAGUGCGAGGUUGUGCGCGUGCGCGUCAAGAAGAACGAGGGGCAGCAGCCGCCCGAGUUCCGCUCGUUCGCCGUGGACCCGCAGAUCACGUCGCUGGACGUGCUGCAGCACAUCCUGGCCCGGGCCUUCGACCUGCAGGGGAAGAAAAGCUUUGUUCUGAGCUUCGCAGCGCGGGACGGGCAGGGCCAGGACACCUUUGUGCCUCUGCUGAGCGAUGGUGACCUGGCCAACGCCUUCACCUGCGCCCGGCCCACCCUGAGGCUGCGCCUGGACGUCAGGAACCCCCCUGACAGCCCGCUGCUGGAGGACUGGGACAUCAUCAGCCCGCGGGAGGUGGCGGCGGCCGAGCCGGUCCCCGAGCGCCGCUCGCUGCUGGCGGCAGCCCUGCCCUUCACCCAGGCUCUGCUGGCGCAGGUGGGCCGGACGCUGGCGCGGGCGCAGGCGGCCCUGGCGUGGCCCGAGGGGACCCCGGCCGUGUCCCCGCCCCCUCCCCCGCCCCCACCCUGCGCCCCCCUCAGCGACGCCGACCUGAGGUCGUACCUGGGCCCAGGUGGGCGCCUGCUGCGGCCCCAGGACCUGCGGCUGCACGUCUUCCACGGCGGCGUCGAGCCCGGCCUGCGCAAGGUGGUCUGGCGUUACCUGCUGAACGUGUUCCCCGCCGGCCUGACGGGCCAGGAGCGCCUGUCCCACCUGCGCCUCAAGGCGGCCGAGUACUCCUCGCUGAAGGUGGCCCUGGCGGCGCGCGCGGCGCCGGCCGAGCUGGCGCAGGUGGCCGCGGCGGUGCGCAAGGACGUGGUGCGCACGGACCGCGCCCACCCCUACUUCGGCGGCCCCGAGGAGGGCCACCCUCACCUGGCGGCGCUGCAGGCGCUGCUGACCACCUUCGCGCUGGGCCACCCGCGCCUCUCCUACUGCCAGGGCAUGUCGGACGUGGCGGCGCCGCUGCUGGCCGUGCUGGACGACGAGGCCCAGGCCUUCCUGUGCUUCUGCUCGCUGAUGCGCCGCCUGGCCCCGCGCUUCCGCCCCGGCGGCCGCGGGCUGGCGCGGGCCUUCGGCCACCUGCGGCGGCUGCUGCGGCGCGCCGACCCCCCGUUCUGGGCCUUCCUGGCGGCGCGCGGCGCGCACGACCUGCUCUUCUGCUACCGCUGGCUGCUGCUGGAGCUGAAGCGCGAGUUCGCCUUCGAGGACGCGCUCAAGGUGCUGGAGAUCACCUGGAGCUCGCUGCCCCCCGCCCCACCGCCGCCCCCCGAGGGGGUCCCGCUGCUCGGAGCCCCCCUGGGGGCGCGCAGGGCCGGCCGGGGGCUGAGGGAGCGCCGGGGGCUGCGGCCGCGGCCGCCCAGGAGGAGGAGGAGGAGGAGGAACGUGGAGGACGAGGAACGUGGAGGAGAAGGCGCUGGAGGGGUCGUGGAGGGUUCUGGUGGUGGCUUUGGGGGUCUCAAGGGUUCCAGUGAUGGCCCUGAGGGUCCCACGAGCUCCAGUGAUGUCCCAGGCGGUCCCAUGAGCUCCACUGGUGGCCUAGAGGGUCCCACGAGCUCCAGUGACAUCACAGGUGGUCCCACGAGCUCCAGUGGUAGCCCUGGGGGUCUCAAGACUUCCAGUGAUGGCCCAGAGGGUCCCAAGAGCUCUGGAGAUGUCCCCAACAGUCCUGAGAUGUCUAGCGAGGUCUUGGAGAGUCCCAAGAGCUUCAGUGAUGUUCUAGAAGGAUACAAGGGCAUCCAGGAGCAUCCCGAGAGCCCCCAUGAUGUCUCUGAUGGUCCCAGGGACCACCAGGAAGCUCCCAAGAGCUUUAAGAACAUUCAGGAAGGUCUUGAGACCUCCAGCGAAGUCCCCAAAGGUCACAAGAGCGCCAGUGAUGUCCCCAGAGGUCACAAAAGCUCCAGUGAUGGCCCCAAAGGUCACAAGAGCUCCAGGAAGGUCCAGGGGAGACCCCCCAGGGAUGCUGGAGGAGCCCCCGAGGGUUCCAAGGACUUGGAGGCAGGUGGCUCCAGGAAGGUGGAGGAAGGCACCGACGCCCUGGAGAUCGACCAGAGACCACACAGCCUCUGCUGGGGGGCUGGAGAAGACCCCAAAAAAGGACAGGAUGGCCCCAGAGAGGGACGUGACCCAAGAGAAGGACGAGAUGACCCCAAAAAGGGACUGGAUGACCCCAAAGAGGGAUUUGAUGACCUGAGAAAAGGACAAGAUGACUCUGGGAUGAGUCGUGGUGACGCCAGGAAGGUUUACGAUGAUCUCAGAGAAGGACACGGCUUUGGAGAAGGCCACAACAACCCCAGGGAUGACCACCAUGCCCCCAGGGAUGGCCAUGAUGACCCCAAGGAAGGACGUGAUGAUUCCAGACAUGGCCACGGUGACCCCAAGGACAACCACGAUGACCUCAAACAUGGCCACCACGACCCCAAGGAAGAGCAUGACGACACCAAACACGGCCACCACAACCUUGAGGACGACCACCACCACCCCAAGACCACCCGCAACAACCCAACCACCCCCGAAGACCCUUGGGGCGGCCGCUGGGCUUGGGAAGACCCUUCCUCCAGCUCCUCCUCCUCCUCGUGCUCCUCGGGCUCGUCCUCCUCGGACGAGGAGGUGACGGUGGAGGACGACGGGGCGCCGCUGCCGCCGCCAGAAGAGCUGGGCCAGGGGAACCCCUUCCUGCUCUUCGUGUGCCUGGCCAUGCUGCUGGAGCAGCGCGAGGCCGUCAUGGCGCGGGCGGGCGACUACAACGAGGUGGCCAUGCACUUCGACCGCCUGGUGCGCCGCCACCACCUGCCGCGCGUCCUGCGCCGCGCCAAGGGGCUCUUCGCCAGGUACCUGGAGGGCUGGGGGGCCACCGCGCCGGGGGGACCCCCGGUGGGACCUCCUUCGGGGUAGGGGAUGGACUCGGGAGCACCGGUGGGGUAGGGGGUGUGGGGGAGAGAGGGUGGGAAUGUCAAGGUCGCCGUAGGGAGGGGUGUAGGGCAAGGUGGUGAGCCCGUGAAACACCUGAAAGUGGGUCUGAGGUCAUCGUGAGGGGCUCCAGAGUCGCUGGAGGUGUGUAGGACUAGGUGGAGACCCCAUAAAACAUCUCAGAGUGGUCCUGAGAUCAUCACGAGAGGCUGCAAAGUCAUUGGAGGUGUGUGGGGCAAGGUGGUAACCCCACAGAACAUCUCCAGGAGGUGCUGAGGUCAUCGUGAGGGGCCCCAAAGUCACUGGAGCUGUGUAGGACACGGUGGUGACUCCAUAACACAUCUCAGAAUGGUCCUGAGAUUGUCAUGAGGGGCUCCAAAGUCAUUGGGGGUUUGUAGGACAAGGUGGUGACCCCAUAGAACAUCUUAAAGAAGUCUUGAGGUCAUCAUGAGGGGUUCCAGAGUCACUGGAGGUCUGUAGGAGUAGAUGAAGACCCCAUAAA